GCUAAUCAAGGACUAGUUGUAGUAGGAGGAGGUAAGAGGAGUGGGAUAGAGGGGAUUGUAGUUGGGAUGGUGGGGAGAGAAGGCAGAUUGCUUGGGAGUGGAGGCAAUGUCAGCUAUGGGAGAUUGUUGGGAAUUGUAGGAAGUGAAAGCAGACUCGGCUGCGGUAGAUUAGGCAUGGAAGGCAUUGGUGGCAGAGUUGGCUGAGGUCGAGGAAGACUCGACAUCAUUGGCAAUGGUGGCAGCUACAGGAGAUAACGGCCCGCAA